AUCUAAACAUUCGAUGUGACACAUGCUAAAAAUAAGCAAACGGAACCAAACAGCCCCUAUAUCAAUGCUCAAUUAUUGCGCGAGGGAGGAGUCUUCUGUCUUGCAAUAACACGGGACACUUCAAGUUCUGCGAUCAAAUUCUAGUCUCGUUCAAGUUUAGCGUCUCCCUUGGCAACCUCGUACUUGAAGCACACAUCGGUCUGAGGUUCGUUGAGGUUGUGACGAUGGAGGCCGCCGUCAGUGCCGCGCGGUGGGUGCUGGGCAAGGCCCUGGCGCCCGUCACUGACGGCUUGCUGGAGGCGUGGGCGGCCAGCGCCGGGCUUGGCGACAACAUCGACGCCCUCAAGAUGGAGCUCCUCUUCGCGCAGGCCAUGCUGGACAAUGCCCGCGGCAGGGAGCUUCACAGCCCCGCGCUAGCGCAGAUGCUGCACAAGCUGCGGCAGCUGGCCCAGGGUGCCGAUGACGUGCUCGACGAGCUCGACUACUUCCGCAUCCAGGACGCGCUCGACGGCACCUACCACGCCGCUGACACGCCUGCAGACGGGUGCGCAAAGAGUCUUGCUCUCAACACUCUCUACACUGCCAGAGCUCUUGCCGGUAAACUCAAGCUCACCUCCGGCUCGAAGUUGCCAAAACUGAAGUUUGAUAGGGUGGAAAUCUCUAUAAAGAUGAGGGCUAUCAUAGAGCAGCUCAAGCCCAUAUGCGCGAAGGUAUCCACCAUUCUGAAUCUAGAGCCAUUAGGCUCCAUCGCAAUGAACAGACCCAUAACCAGUUCAGAAAUCAUAGAGCCUAAAUUGUAUGGGAGGGACAGCCAGAAAAAGAGAAUUGUGGAUGCCAUUGCCUAUGGUGAAUAUGCUGCCUACAAAUUUACUGUACUUCCAAUUGUUGGGCCGGGAGGUAUAGGGAAGACAACUUUCACACAGCAUGUAUAUCAAGAAGUGAACAGCCAUUUCCAGGUCUCAGUUUGGACAUGCGUCUCUCUUAAUUUCAAUGCAAAUAAGUUGUUGCAAGAUAUUGUGGACAAGAUUCCAGAAGUUAAUGGUGAAAGCAAAACUGAUAGCGUCGAAGAGCGAAUAGGGCAAAGAAUAAAAUCUAAGCGGUUCUUGCUUGUCUUGGAUGAUAUGUGGACAUAUCAUGAGGAUGAGUGGAAAAAACUGUUAGCUCCAUUUAGAAAAGGGGAGGAGAAAGGUAAUAUGGUUAUGGUCACAACUAGAAUCCCAGAGGUAGCAAAAAUGGUUAAGACAGUCGACAGUUGGUUAGAACUGGAGCGUUUGGAAGGUGAAGAUUUCCUGCGUUUCUUUGAAGCAUGUGUUUUUGGUGAAGAACAGUCAUUUAAAGAUCAUGAUGCAUUGCUUGGCGUUGGAAAACAAAUACUGGACAAGUUGAAGGGUUUCCCGUUGGCAGCAAAAACUGUUGGGAGGUUACUAAGAAACCAACUUAAUUUGGACCAUUGGAGAAGAGUACUGGAUAGUAAAGAAUGGGAACUUCAAACCAGUGAUAAUGACAUUAUGCCAGCACUAAAGCUGAGUUAUGACUAUCUCCCUUUCCACCUUCAACAGUGUUUUUCUUAUUGUGCAUUGUUUCCCGAAGAUUAUGAAUUUCAUAGCAAAGAGUUGAUUCGCUUGUGGAUAGGACUAGAUAUUCUGCACUCACAUGAGAAAAACAAAAAAGCUGGAGAAGUUGGAGAGAGCUACCUAGAUGCAUUGGUUAGUUAUGGAUUUUUUAAGGAAAGCAAAAGAGGAUAUGGCUCACCAUGUUAUGUUAUCCAUGAUCUACUACACGACUUAGCAGUGAAGGUUUCAUCAGAUGAAUGUCUUAGCAUAUAUGGUUCAAACAUGGGGUCCAUCCAAAUCCCCCCUUCCGUACGUCACAUAUCUAUUGUUAUUGAGGACACAAUUUUGGAGGAUAGAAUCCGUUUUGAAGAAUGUAAAACAGGUCUGAGUGCACUGGAUAAAAGAUUGAAUGCUGAGAACCUACAUACAUUGAUGUUAUUUGGAAAGUACCAUGUAAGCUUUGCCAAGGAAUUUCGUGAUUUGUUUAGGGAAGCAAGAGGCCUUCGUGUUGUAUUUUUGUCGAAAGCAUCACCAUCCUAUGAUGUCGAUAAUUUGCUAUGCAACUUCUCUAAGCUUGUCCAUCUUCGCUAUAUACGGAUUGCAAACUCUGUGUUCUCAGUAAGACUACCUAGUAGUACUGCAAGAUUAUAUCACUUGAGGAUCCUUGAUGUAUCAGGAUGCAAUAUUGACUCGAGAUUCCUGAGGGAGAUGAGAAACCUUACAAAAUUACAACACUUUCUUACUCUUGAUGGCAGCGUUCUCUCUAGAAUUUUUGAGGUAGGGAAACUAAAACUUCUACAGGAGUUAAGAAUAUUUGAAGUCAACAAGGAAAAUUCUGGUUUCGAACUAAAGGAGUUAGGGCAACUGCAAGAGCUCCAUGGAUCACUUAGCAUUUAUAACCUUGAAAAGGUUCAAGCAAAGGAAGAAGCAGAGCAAGCAAAACUAAUACAAAAAUCCGAUUUAAAACAGUUGACAUUAAGUUGGGAUAGUGAGCGGUCCGAUGACAGUAAGAAUCCUAAGAGGGAAGAGCUUGUCCUUGAAAGUCUGAAACCACAUAGCAAUCUUCAGGAGCUAUGCAUUAGAGGACAUGGAGGAGCUAAAUGUCCUACAUGGCUAGGCACCAACCUUAAUGUUCAGAAUUUAGAAUCUCUUUGUCUUGAUGAUAUAGGUUGGAAAAACCUUCCACCUAUAGGAGGGCUGUGGAUGGUCAGUGGCCAUGCUGAAAACUGCCACGGCCAAAGUUUCAAGAAUUUAAAGAGGCUAGAAUUAGUCAAGAUACCAACGCUGGAAAAAUGGGUUGGAAAUGACCCUUGUAAAGUCUUCUCUCACUUGGAAGAGCUGGUCAUAAGAGAUUGCUCUGUACUCAUGGAGUUGCCAUUUUCACGUUCUACUUGUGAACACCGAGAUAAAGAGGUGAACCGGAAUUGGUUUCCCAAGCUAAGGAAGCUAGAAAUUGUUAACUGCCCAAACUUAUUGUCCUUGCCUCCUUUACCUUGGACUCGUGCUCCAUGCUCCCUCAAAAUAGGAGGACUGGGUCUAUGUUUUAAGUAUCUAUUUUACAAAAAAGAUGAAUCUGGAUGUGACUUGGUAGUCGAUGGCUUGGGUGGUGCAUGGCUGAAGGUGUUGGACUUUGACAACCUAACGGAACUAAAAUCUUUGGAGGCCCAGAGAUGCCCUCCUCUGCCUCCGGAUCACCUCCAAAUGCUUUCAUCCCUGAAGACCCUCAAUAUCAUGAAUCCGAAUAGUGGCCUUUGGCCAGUUGCCGGCCAUCAGUUUCCAGUGGAAAAUCUGGUGAUCACAGAGUGUGGUGCUAGUGGAAAGGAAUUUACACAGCUGCUCUCUCAUUUUCCAAAGCUUUCUACUUUGCGUAUAAGCGGUUGCCAGAAGAUAACAAGGGCGGGUGUCAUGGGGAAGCAAGCAACGAUAAAAUCCGGGCCAUCGCCAUCAGCUUCAGCUAAAAUGGAGGGCGUGCAAAUUGGUCAGAACCAGCUAAUACAUGCAAGAGGAGACAGGGAAAUAGCAGUGGAAACAGAGGAUGAAGAAGUACUGCUCUUGCCUCCCAACCUACAGAGACUGGUAAUGAUCGGGUGCCCAAAUCUGAUUCUCAUCAAUCUUCCCUCCGAUUUGCACUCCCUCCAAUCUUUGGAUAUUGAGGCGUGCCCCAAGUUCCUCUCCUCCUAUUCAUCGUCGUCCACUUCGUGUUUCGCCUUCCCAUCCUCCUUGCAAUUUCUCCAUCUUCAUGGUUUGGAGGGCAUGGAGGCAGCAGCAGUGCCUCUCUCAAACCUUGUCUCUCUCACAAGGCUACGGAUAGGGAAGUGUGCGGACUUAAGAAGCGAGGGCUUGGGAACUCUCCUCACCCAAGGUCAACUCACAGAACUAAAGGUCUACAGGAGCCCCAGAUUCCUCGUUGACUGUUCCAAGCCAUCAUGGACGCGUGAAGAAGAGCCUCUUCCCUGUUCCUCCAAGCUGCAGGAGUUGACUAGUGACGACAUUGCAGGCGUCCUCACUGACUCCUUCUGCAGCCUCGUCUCUUCCUCUCUUGCCACCUUAAAUCUUGAAUCUAACCACGAUGUGGAACGCUUCACAAUGGAGCAAGUGGAGGCGCUUCUUCUCCUCACCUCCCUCCACGACCUUGAGUUCAGUUGGUGCGGCAAGAUGCAGUACCUUCCUGAUGGGCUACAUAAACUUGACAAACUCAAGGCAUUAUCCAUCGAAGGCUGUAAAGCUCUCCGGUCGCUGCCCAAGGACGGCCUCCCCAGUUCGCUGCAGCAUCUAUGUAUCGGCAACUGUCCUGCCAUCAGGUCACUGCCAAAGGUAGACACACUCGCCAGUUCUCUGCUCUCAUUAAGGGUCAAUGCCAGCAACAGCAAGGAGCUAAUAAGACAGUGCCGCAAGUUAAAAGGAACAAUUCCAAGAGUCUACACCUGACUCAUCCAGGGUCUCAUGUUAUACGAAUCGAGCAUCUUUCUUGUCUUGUCAGAUUUCAUCUGCAAAUAUAACUUUUCGAGUCACACUAGAAGUCUAUCCACCGAAGAUCAAGUUCAACACCAGCUUCUCGAGUUUGUAUGUAUCUGCAUAAG